AUGUCAAACUCAGUCGUUGUCUUCAGUGGCGGCACGGCCACUAACGAAAUCGUCCAUGUGUUCAACUCGCUUUCUGCUGACGUCAGUUACGUCUUGCCUAUCCUGGAUAAUGGAGGCUCCACGUCAGAAAUCAUUCGUGUGAUCGGAGGCCCUGCCAUUGGAGACAUUCGUUCGAGACUUACGAGACUUAUUCCUUCUGAGAACGAGCCGUUGAAGCGUCUUUUGAGCUUCCGUUUGGAGCCAGACCCGGUUGUGGCAAAAGCCCAGUGGAACGAGAUCGUUGAGGGAACUCACCCUCUAUGGAAAGACAUUGAUAGUGCUACGAAGGAGAUUCUUCGAGCAUUUUUGAUCCAUGUCCACGUGGAGCUUUUGAAACGGUCCAAGUUGACUGCUACAAGCAAUACAAAUAAGAAGUUCAGGUUCGAGUUGGCCAAUGUGGGUAACUUGUUCCUUACAGGCAUUCGGCUAUUUAUAGGCUCUUUGGACUCGGCCAUCGAGUUGUUCAAGAAGUUGACGGGGAUUGACAAUUCGAUCCAGGUGAUGCCUUGUAUCAGUACCAAUUUCAGUUAUCAUAUCGGUGCUCUUUUGAUUAAUGGUCUUAUCAUUACUGGCCAGUCUCAGAUUUCCCAUCCUUCGCCUGUGGAGGUCUAUCCUCCUCCGAUCAACAAGACAAGACCACCAACGCCAACACACGAGAACCAGGAGUACUUUAGUCAUGUUGAUACUCGUGGCGAUGACAUUCAUUCCAUUGGCUCUGCUCUUUCCUCUGACGACGAGGAGUUGGGUAACAUCCCACAGUAUACUCAUCCAGAGCUUAAAAAGUCUCAAUUGCAUUUCCAGAAGACCGAUGGCAUCGAGCCGCUUUUGUCUCCAAUCGAGAGAAUCUUCUACAUUUCGCCUCAUGGACAGGAGAUCUGUCCUGUUGCGCUGACGAGAGUCAUCAACAGCAUCACGAACGCUAACACACUCAUUUACUCUAUUGGUUCGCUCAUGACUAGUAUUGUUCCUAUUUUGGUUUUGAAAGGUAUCGGCAAAGCUAUCGCCCAUGAUUAUGCCCCUGAUAAGAAACGCAUACUUCUAUUAAACGGAUGCGAGGACAGAGAGACCUUCGGCUUGGCGGCAAUCGACUAUAUCGAUACUAUCAUCAAGCUGGCCCACUACUCGCUCGAGAUGUCCCAUCAAGACCAUGACCACCUCAAAUGGUGUAACUUCGUCACACAUCUUGUUUACAUGGAGAACCCAAGAAUCGCUGUAUGA